AUGGAGUCGGGUAAAGAUGGAGGCAACCUUCUCCUCCACACCGAUGGAGUCAGAGCAAUGGCUCAUGUUGUGUGGGAUCCAACCCUCAGCAGGAUCUGCAUUGAUGAACCUGGCAUAGACAGUAUUCAGUUCCUCUGCAAUUUCCACCACCAUAGAAAAAGUUCACCUGGAAAGAUCCAGUUCUCAGUGGGGCCAGACUCCGUGUCUUUGAAAUGGCCCCCACCAGAGGGCGCUACUGCCCAUCAAUUCUACAAAGUCACCUGGACUAGUCCAGGCCAAGCGCCACGCAGCAUCCCGGUGCAGUGUUUAUUGGCACAGGUGACAGGACUGCUUCCAGGACACAGGUACGACUUCACUGUGGCCACCGCCAGUGAAGAUGGAUCCGAGAGCACAUACUUGCAAGGACAUGUACAGACAGAGAUUCCUCCACCAGAGAAUCUCAGUGUGGAUCUGGGUGCCUCAAGUAUUUCUCUUGUAUGGACCAAGCCCGACAGAGUUGACCAGGUUUCUUACCUACUGGAGCUCUUCAGAGAACAGAUUUGCGUUAAUACCAUUCACAGUGAUGACCCACAUCAUACUGUCACAGACCUACAAACAGGUCAAGAUUAUACCAUCAAAGUGUCCACUGUGGUGACCAAUGGCAAAAGAAGCAAACCAAUCUCCAAAACCUUCAGAGUAGGCCCUGGUCUUCCUGAGUUCCUGUCUGCUUUGGGUCUGAAGGAUCUUUAUGGAGGGAAGCUCACACUCAGCUCAGCCCUGGAGAUCAACAGUAAUACAGUGUCUGACAAACCAGCAGAAAAUCUGAAAGAACUACCACAGACAUUUCUAAAUGGGCUUAUGUCGGGCAAUAUUAAUGCUAGAAACAUCAGGUGUGUACAGGCUCAGCAGUAUGACCAUAGUUUCUCUGAUGCUAAUAAUGAAUCAGAUGCCCUAAAUCCUCUAGAUCUGAUCACUGCACUUUUCCAUUGUGCAGAUCCUUUCCUCCAACAGGAAAUUGUCUCCAAAAUGUCUAUGUGCCAGUUUGCUGUUCCUUUGGUGUUGCCUAAUUGUGGCACCCAACAAAGCAUGUUGAUGUUGUGGGCUAUGAGAGAUCUGGUGAAAAAGUUCAGACCUCAAUCUGUAGCUAGUGACAAGGCAUUUGUUGAGGGCAGGAUUGUGGAAAAAGCCAUCCCUAUGGUGUCUUUCGUUAGACUAGGAGAGAGCAGUUUAGCCAAAUCUCAAACUCUGAACAAGCUUCUCAGUAAUACGUAUCAGCAAAACAAUGCAUUUGUUCAUCAUAACAUGGAGUGUGGAGAUGUGCCCAGGAAAAUCUCAGAUGGACUAGUUGAAGUGAGCUGGUGGUAUCUCCCCUGUGGAAAAAGAAACACAGAGCCAGUAGCUGUGGCCAAUCUGAGAGGAGACGGUAUGUUGUUUAAGACCCACGUUUCCUUUCUAUGCCAAACCUCAGCUGCAGUGUUCAUAUUCAGUGAUGACCUAGAGGGAGACCUAAGCAUGUUGACCAACGAAAGGAACAAAGCAAGACUGUUCCUUGUCUCCAGCUCUCAAAGUAAGAACUUCAAUUUUGAGACACUCAAAGAAACAUGCAGAAAACACAACAUCAAAGACAAACAUAUGAUCAUAAAGAAGAGGCAGAAUGAUGCAGAGUUUGUGAAGACCCUUUGUACCUGUGUGAGUGCAGUCAUUGAAAAGAAACCAGCCAUAAUGAGAAUGGUGGACAUGGCGGAUGUUGCUCGUCAGGCUGGUAUUCAAGUAGAUGAGGACUCCAGCGAGUGUGUGAAGGGCAGAAAAUGUGCCGAAGCAAUUAGUAAUACUAUUAAAGACGUUGCAAAAUUCAAGGUGGAACAGUUGCCUUUGCAUGGACAAAUGUGGAAGGAAAUCAGCCAAAUAGAGGACGAAAUGUACAGAAUGAAAAAGAUAGGCAGAGGCCAAGAUGUAAAACAGUAUAGAGCUUUUCUUCAGAACAAAGUUAGUGAUUUGAGAAAGAAGCAGUACCAGAGAGAUGUUUCUGAGGCCAUGACCAACUUCACAGAAGGGAUAUCCCAGUCAAGAGUAGUUCGCCUUUAUUUCCUUAAGUGGUUAAAAAUUCAGUUGGACAACCUUUGCCAUCAGAAUUGUGAACAACAGAAAAAGCAGUCUCACAGGAUACCAGAGGCCAGUGGAGCAUCUGCAUCAUUAACUGAUGAAAUGUCCAACUGCACAUUGGGUCUUGAGCACUUCCUACGUGAGCUGGGCCAGCUUUAUGAGUGUGCUUGGUCCCAUCCUGAAAACAAAAGAGCUAAACAGCAAGUCCAUCACCUGCCUUCUCUGUGUGCUCAGAUGCUGCUGGAUGGGUUUCCAAUUGAGCUGGUCAAUGGAGACACAACAAACAUCCCAAUGAAGUGGAUAUCAGAGCUCCUGACUCAGCUCCAUCAGCUGGUGAACUCCAAGAGUAGGAUCCUGGUCUUGACUGUGCUGGGAGUUCAAGGCACAGGGAAGUCCACCCUCCUCAACACCAUGUUUGGAGUGCAGUUUGCAGUCAGCAGUGCAGCAUCCACCAGAGGAGCCUUCAUGCUGCUGAUUAAGGUCUCUGAGGAACUCAAAACUGAGCUCAACUCUGACUUCAUCAUGGUUAUCAACACAGAGGGCUUAAAAUCACCUGAGCUGGCCGCAGUAGACUCAAACUACGAACACGACAAUGAACUCGCAACACUGGUCAUAGGACUCAGUGACAUCACCAUCAUCAACAUUUCCAUGGAGAACAUCACAGAGAUGAAGGACAUUCUGCAGAUUGUGGUCCAUGCCUUCUUCACAAUGAAGGAGGUUCCGAAGAAGCCCAGAUGUGUGUUUGUACAUCAGAACAUGCCAGACAUACCUGCUCAUGAGAGCAACAAGAGAGACAGGAAGAAGCUGAUGGAUCAGCUGGAUGAGAUGACCCGGGUAGCAGGUAAAAUGGAGAGAAAAGAAGGUAUCACAAAGUUCUCUGAUGUGAUGCAACAUGAUUCUGACAAAGACAACUACUACAUCCCUGCACUUUGGAAUGGAAGUCAACUGAUGGCCCCAGUGAAUGCUGGCUACAGUGAAGCUGUCUAUGGGCUCAAGAGGAGAUUGUUUGACAACAUAUUCACAUCUGAUGACAUUGAGAUGAGUGAUGCAACAGAGUUCAACAAGUGGACAAACAUCUUGUGGAAGGCCGUGAAAUCUGAGAAAGACGUCUUUAAUUUCAAGAAUAGCAUGGUUGCUGACGCUUACAACAAACUACGUGCUGAAUUCGAUAAAUGGGUGUGGUCUUUCCGUUACUCAAUGCGUAACUGGCAUAGUGAGCAAGAAAAACACAUUCCUAAAGAUAAGGAUCUUUCAACAGCCAAAUUGGCAGAAAUAUUACAUGAGGCUGCUGUAACUCUGAACAAAGAAGUGGCGGUGAUCGACAAAAACCUUGAAGAGUAUUUUGCCAAGAAUAACAGCCAUACUCUGUUGGUGCAGGAAUACAAAGAAGAUUUCAGAAACAGCGCAAAGACUGGACAUGUGAUUCCUGAGUCCAGUUUGCAGGAAGGUGGAUUGGAAAAAUUCACUGUGAAAAAACAGUGGCUUGGAAAAAAUCGUAGAAAUCAACAGCAGGUCCAGGCUAUUUGUGAUACUGUCAUUGUAGAAUGUGAGAGCUUGGUGUCUGGGAAAGUACAGAGAAAUGCCUGCUACAAAGAUGCAGAUAUUGGCGACCUCCUGCAAAUAAUUGCGAGGAGAAUGAAAGAUCAGGGACUGAGUGAAGAAGCCACAGAAAUGGUUGAGACAGAAUCUUGGUAA